AUGGAUGAAGAGACUUCGCUUGAGAAUUACUUUGACAAUUCAAUUGCUGGUUCAUCUGACUACAUUUUCGAAGGUGACUUGGGCCUGCAGGACCCACCACAGCUUCAGUAUCCCUCCUUCUUGUCCUCCUCUAUUUCUAACCAGCAGAAAGAUCUGACUGAGGAUCUGGACCUGAGUUUUCUGCCUGAUGAGCUUAGUAAUCAGGAUGAAGCAGUGGAAAAUGUGGUGGUCAGUUCGAUCAACGAGGAUAGUGGUGUGUACAUGGAUGGUACACCUUCAGAGUUAGGCGAAGCAGACACAGACACCAGCAAGAAUAUGCCUGCAGCCUCCCCAUUCUGCUCCCUCCCUAUGACACCAAUGACGCCCAUGACCCCCAUCGCCCCGGUCUCAGAAAGCUCCGGCAUAAUACCACAGUUACAGAAUAUUGUGUCCACAGUUAACCUGGCCUGUCCUCUAGACUUGAAAGCCAUCGCUCUUCAAGCUCGAAAUGCUGAGUACAAUCCAAAGCGUUUUGCUGCUGUUAUUAUGCGUAUCCGUGAGCCCAGGACCACAGCCCUUAUCUUCAGCUCUGGAAAAAUGGUCUGCACUGGGGCAAAGAGCGAAGAGCAGUCACGACUUGCUGCGCGGAAGUAUGCCCGAGUAGUGCAGAAGCUUGGCUUUCCAGCAAAAUUUCUUGACUUCAAGAUUCAGAACAUGGUUGGCAGUUGUGAUGUGUGUUUCCCAAUACGGUUAGAGGGCUUGGUUUUGACUCACCAGCAGUUUAGCAGCUACGAACCUGAGUUGUUUCCUGGUUUGAUCUACCGCAUGGUGAAGCCACGUAUUGUCUUACUAAUUUUUGUGUCUGGGAAAGUUGUCCUUACAGGUGCUAAGGAUCGCUCUGAAAUCUAUGAAGCUUUUGAGAACAUCUACCCAAUUCUGAAAGGAUUCAGGAAGCAGUAAAAAAAGAAAGUGCACUUUUGUGUUUUCAUUUGAUAUUAAGUACUGUGAAGGUAUAUGACUUGUCAAGGGUCUAUGUUGGAUAAGCACUUGUUUUAAAGUGAUUUACACUGACAAUGCUUUAUUAAAACCUUGUGUUGGUAAGACACAUUUUGUUUU